AUUAACUACAAAUGUUGGUCUCGUCUAUCGUUUUAACAUGAUAUUUUUAAAUCUGAAUUUUAAUAGUUUGCGUACAUGAUACAUCUUCAAUGUUCUUCAUCUUCUUCGUUUACACGAUAAAUGAAUUAGAGAUUGAAGCAAACAAACUACGAAAGUUGACCGACACGCGUGUUGACAUGUUGAAACAAGAAAGAAAAAAGAACGAAGAAAGUCAAACUAAAAUAUUAAGUUUAGAAGUGGAUGAAAGACGAAAGUCAUUGAAAAAGUCUAAUAAAAUAAUAAAAAAUACCAAGGUCAAGAUAUCGCAAUGUAAAGACCUUUUCACGGAAGCCGUUCACGUGGGCAACGGAUUAGAGGGCUGCAUCAAAGUGUUGUCGAACUGUUCACGAAGUGUGAUGAUUGAAAACCAUGGGAAAACUCUAGUGAAAAUAAUGGAAGAAGAAAAGGAAGUGUCUUCGUCCAACGUAAGAUAA